CCAUUCAUUUCCGUAAAUAAAAUGGUCACCAUUUUCUCUUCCUGUUGUGAAGUUAGCGGCAUGGAGAAGGCACAUUUCAUUGUAUCACGAUCGAAACAGUAUUUUGCGUAGCAAAUAGAAUUGUAGCUAUCUGAACACUAUUUAAUUUGAUUGGUAAAACUGAACCCUUUCAAAUACGUUUCUGUAAAUGCAUUACCAUCAAACUAAUGGUAGCUAGCACAUUUAUAGCAAGCAUAGUAUUGUGUUGUCAUGCUUUAUGGUUCACAAUACUUGCUUAAUACUCUGUAUCUCAAUCAAUUUACUCGCGCGCUAUUGUUGCCAUCAUUCCCUCCCCCGCGCUUGUGUGUAAAGCAUGGAGAUUGAGGGGAGAGAUUUCAUGAACACUCCCCCCUUGAAGACGGUGCGGUUUGGGGGCAAUGUUGUUGCCACGUUAGCGAAAUUCAAACAGGGAGACACCAGUGACUAUGAGUUGUUGAAACAUCAGCUGGCAGAUCCAGAUAUCAAGGAUGCCCAAAUCAUCAACUGGCUGCAGGAGUUCCGGAAUUGUGUGACACAACUCAGCAAAGACCAUGAGCAGCUGAUCUAUGUGGCUCUGAGGCUGCCGUGGCUGGGUCGAAGCCCUGCCGUAGUGGAGGAGUAUCUGGCCUUCCUCAGUAACCUGGUAUCUGCUCAGACGGUCUACCUCCGGGCCUGCCUCAAGAUGGUGGUCUCCAACUUCAUACCCAAGAGAGUGAAGAUCUGUGAGGGAGGAGUGGACAUCUCUGACUCGGAUGAUGACGAUGAAAACCUUCCAAGAAGUUUUGACCAGUGUCAUCAGGCCCUGCAGCUGAUUGGCAGAUAUGUCCCAUCCACCAGCCGUUUCCUGGUGCCCAUUCUGAUUGAAAACUUUCCCUUUGUGCAGAAAUCUUCCAGAACCCUGGAGUGUUAUGUCCAUAACCUUCUGCGGGUGGCGGUGUACAUCCCCUCUCUACGACGAGACGUCCUGGAACUCAUCAUCAGUAGGAUGCUCAAACUGGACGUGAGUGCUCCUCGGGGAGAGAUAGAGGAGGUGGAGGAGAACGCUGUGCAACAGGAGAUGAAAGGAGAGCAGGAAGAGGAGGGCCUCUUUGACAUGGAUGAGGAUGUGUGUUCAGUGAAGUCCAGUCCAGCAGGGACCAAUGUGAUGGUCCACCCUGUCGCUGAGAGACUGGACACUCUCAUGGUUGUGCUGCUGGCCUUCAUCAAGGACAUGUGCCACGUCAACGGUUGUCUGGAUGUGGAGCGGACUAAGGAUCUAUACAAGGACCUGGUGUGUGUGUUUGAUAAACUUAUCCUACCUACACACGCCUCCUGUCACGUCCAAUACGCCCUCUUCUACCUCUGCAGCUUCAGACUGGCUCUGGCAGAGGCGUUUCUGGAACACCUGUGGAGGUUACUGCAGAGCCCGUCUCACCCGGCAGUACUGCGCCAAUCUGCCGCUGGCUACAUGGGUAGCUUCCUGGCCCGUGCCAACUUCCUGCCCGUCGCUACGGUGCGUGCGUGUCUGGACCUGCUGGUCCCCUGGCUCCACCUAUACAUAGACAGCCAGGACUCCGGCUCCCGGGCCUACUGUGACAUCACACUACACGGGCCCUUCUACAACGCCUGCCAGGCUGUCUUCUACACACUCAUCUUCAGACACAGGAGCAUCCUGGAGGGCGACAUGAAGAAAGGGCUGGCGUACCUGCAGGGUCUGAACCUAGAGAGGAUAGUGAUGUGUCAGCUCAACCCUCUGAAGGUCUGCCUGCCUGCCGUCACCAACAUGUUUGCUGCCAUCACCAGAAAGUACCAGUUGGUGUUCUGCUACACCAUCAUCGAGAGGAACAACCGCCAUGUUCUCCCCGUGGUCCGCAGCUCCGUGGGGGGCGACUGUGUGUCCACCAACACCAACCCCCUGGACAGUUUCUUCCCCUUCGACCCCUACAUGCUCAAGAGGUCAAGUAAACUCAUCGAGCCCCUCUACCAGGUGUGGGAGGAGCCAGCAGACACCGUCACCACCAAGAGAGUCAGACAGUGCUCGGAUGCAGAUGAGGAUGACUUCCUGCGAGAGGAGACGCCGGAGACAAAGGGGGUGAUGGGUAUGACCCCUGGCUCGUAUGAGUCACACCUCCACAGCCCUAGCAGUGUGGGCUCACCGCCAAUCUCCUUCCUACAGAGACCCUUCUGACACCCCUGUAUUUAACAUGGACUCAUCCACAACCCCCUGAAAAAUGGACUAUUCCACAACCCUGAGCGCCUUCAUACAGAGACACCCAGCUUUAACAUUUUCAAAUGGAAUAUUAAGUGAUCUUACCAUAGACCGUUCUGAUUUUGACCCCCUGCUGUUUAAAAUGGACGGGUCCAUCCUUCCCUAUCAUCACUGAAGAGAAGUAUCAGUCGGAACCAUCUACAAUCACCACCCCAUCAAGAACCUACUCCAGGAUGCAAAAGAUUAUGAACACAAAGUGUACAAUGCGUGGCUAGAGCUAUUCAUUUUAUAAUAAUGGUUCUAUGUUAUAGCAGUUAACAUGUUAUACCUGGUUAAUAGUGGAAAAAGUUCAUUUAACUCAACUAUGGAGAGAAAAUGUAUUUUUAUCUAGGAUGGGAAAAUCGUAAGAUUUUGUGUUCUCGGUGAAGGUAACUGUAUUUACAAAAAAAUGAUCUGACACUUUCAAUGGUUCAUUGAUUUUGGUUGGCUCUGAUCUACAAUUUGUGUCAAGGUCUGAACACAUUUUUAUGAUUUAUAUAAUUUUACAGAUUGUAAACAUGUUCCCUUAUUGAAAUUCUUCUUAACCAGAACAGAUACUAUUAAGGAAGGUCACAUGCAGUAGAUGAAAAAGGAAACAUUUCUGUAAACUUGUGCUUGUAUGUAUGGAGUAUCAAUUACAUAGUUGACAUACACUACCCUGUAAAUAAAAGUCAAACUAUUUGUGA